AUGGCCCACACUCGCAUGCGACUGCUCUUGGCAGUAAUCCUGCUCUUCAUUCUGACCUGUCUUCUGGCCCCAUUCCUGUGGAAUCUUUACCUCCUCCUCCGACUACCUUUCGUCUGGAAAGGUUCCUCGACAGAUGCCAUUGUUACCCAGGAGCAUGAUGCAUUCGACCCAACCUUUGCCGCCUACGACAGCAGCUAUUCCACAGCUGACUCCGGCCUCCCCGUCCUCAUCCCCGCGCGACUACACCACGUCCACCUAGGCCCAGAGCCAAUCCGGCCCGAAUGGAAGACAGCUCGCGACGAAUGUCUAGCGCAGCAUCCCACCUGGGAAUUCUUCCUCUGGGACGACCGAAAUGCCACCCGCUUCGUCCAAAACCAUUACCCGCAUUUCCUACCCACCUGGGACAGUUACACCCAUCUGGUGCAGCGGGUAGACGCUCUACGAUACAUGAUUCUGCAUACUUACGGAGGCGCAAUCCUCGAUUUCGACCUCGCGUGCAAACGCCCCCUCGAACCCCUCCGACGCUUCGACUUCGUCGCCCCAGCCGCCAACCCCGUCGGCAUCUCCAUCGGAAUGAUGCUGUCGUCACCGAAUAAUACCUACGUGGGGGAUUUAGUCCGAAACCUGCCCAAUUUUAAUCGUCGGUGGUCGCUUCUCCCUUAUAUUACGGUGAUGUUUAGUACGGGGUGUCAUUAUGCUUCUACGAUAUACACCAUGCAACGCAAUACCUCCAACCUGCGCAUUCUUACCGGUCCUCCCGAGAACCCGAAACUGCAUAUGCUUAAUGGGUUGGUGGAUACUCCGCUUUUUCAUCAUCUGGGGAGUUCGUCGUGGCAUGAGAUGGAUGCCAAGUUGAUCAAGUCGUUUGCGGGUUUUGAUCAGCGGUUAUCGUUUGGGAUGGUUCUGGUGGCGGGGGCGGGGGCGAUGUGGGCUAUGGGGUUGUGUGUUUCGAGAGUGAGGAGGUGGGGAGGACAGGGGAGGAAGGGGGUUGGUGAGGGUUGUGGGGGUAUUUGGGGGAGAUAG